CCGACGCAAUGUUACCUCUAUCUGCCGUGUUGAGAUUUCUCAAUUGCGGGGUCGAAUCGCGGUGCUUUGUCGAAGCAGAACGCUUGCUAGCAGCACGGCACCUUCUGCUGGUUGGCGUAAAAGGCAGGGACGGCAACGACGUCAACGUAAUUGCGCUUUGCCUGCGAACCGCGGGCAUACAUGAGAAUCCACACAGCGUCGAGGUGUGCCUUUCUUUCGAGGAUUCCGCAGGCGAAGAAUCACUAAGGGUCCUCAGAUCUUCUUGUUCGUGCACCGCGGGACUAUCUGAGAAGUGCAAGCAUGUGAGCGCACUGCUCCUCCACUGCUAUCGGAAUGGACUUGCUUCUCUGCGAGACCUCAGCUGUACUGACAUUGAGUGCGAGUGGUCAACGAAGAAAAAGGCCUCAAAGCAAAUGUAUGACACCGUACCCCUGGACAUGAUGUGCCACGUGACCAGAGAGGCUGCUUCUCCUUUGCCUUAUGAAACUUUGGCCCACUUGGCGAAUCUUCUGCGGAGGUCCUGUCCGGAUUGUGCUGUGGAGCAACACCGAAAGAGACAAAGGACAGAAUGUGAUGGUGCCUCAGCUGUUUGCUCAAUGUCUCAAGGUCAGGAGUCCCCAGCUCCACUUCCACUGAUGAGCUACCUCACUCAGUCACAUGUGAUGACCAUGCCUCUAGAAGAACUGUACAAGGACAUGCGUUCUCAUUAUGCUGUGCCAGACAAGAUCGAAGAGUUGACAAGGGAGCAAGCAGAAUCACGAACAUGGCAUGACUACAGGCGUGGCGUAGUUACGGCUAGUGUGGCACAUACCUGCAUGACACGGUCGACGUCACUUCUGAAAGGUCCAAGGCCAGUGAAUCUGUUACCAUUUCUGGACGUUGUUCUCCGAACAAAAGUUGUCUCCACAAAACAGAUGAGAGAGGGAUCGGCAAAGCAACACAUCGCAGAAAUGGCCUAUGUGAACUACAUGCGCUGUCAAGACCAUGACGUGGACGUUAAAAAGGUUGGACUUGUACUGUACAAGGACAUUCCAUUCAUUGGGUGUUCGCCUGAUGGCAUCGUUGAGUUUACAUGUGAAUGUUGUGCAAGCAAACGGGUUAUACUUGAAAUUAAGUGUCCAGUAAAAAUUGAGAAUUCAUUUACGAACUACAGCAAGAGGAAAAUCAAACGGGAUUACGCAACCCAAAUGAACGUGCAAAUGGGAAUUUGUGGAGUCUACGAGGCACAUUUCUUUGUGUUUGUUGACACCCUUUGCUUUGAGCUUGAAAAAGUAAUGUUUAACGCUACUGAUUUCGCAUCAUUCUGUAAAGUAAUCUGUGAAGUGUACGACCAGUAUGUACUAACCGAGCUCCGGCAGAUAUUGUGCACGUAAUACAUUGGGCAACUCAUUCUGUAGUUGUGUUUAUGGGAGAUUCCGCAACAAUUGUGGCGAGAAUGAGCUAAAAGUUGCUCCGAGUCCCUACGUGCCCUGUGCUCAGUGAUAAGCACAGGCAGUCAAAGUUAAAGCACCAUCAUAGCUGUUUCCGCGCUGCACAAAAAAAAACGAGUUUUGCUGCAUGUUGGAUGGAUAUAAUUCACAUGCGUGUUCCCUCUGCCUUGGAUAUCACAAAUAAUCCAGUACCUUGGUGGGCAAUUUUGUUGCAGAGUCUUCCUUUCAGAGAGUGCCAGAAAAACCACAGGCAGCAUUGCCCAUUUUCCAUGUUCUACUCUUGUACAUAUGCAACUGCAUCACAGCUCUGUCAUAAAGCAUGCUUCAUCAGUCUAUCUUUAACUACUCUUUGUUGUGUAUUUUUUGUUAGUUCAUA